GGUAGCUAACCAUGAAUAUAUUAUUUAGUGUACAGGUAAAUAUUGUCAAUAAUUCCUCAGGUUUCUAUCAAACUGUAACGUUAGUAACACGCUAGUGUCCCAAAGAGCCUUCUGCUGAUUUGAGGUAAUGCGGAUAGACAGAAGAAUCUAACCCGGAAGAUGGCCGGGAUGAAAGAAGACGCUUCUGUUGAUAGAUAGCUAGCUUAGCUUGGUAGUGUGUGAAAGGUGUCCGAUAUCAUUUGAUGUCGUUUAAAUUAGACUUUGAUAUUGCCCAACUCGGACUAUAUAAGUGGAGCUAGCGAUAUUUUCAACGACAAUUUCAUACAGUUUUGCUAUCUGGUAUAGGAAAGUAAAUUAUAUAGCUACCGUUGGCCUAGCUAGUUAGCUAGCUGAGUUGUAUGGAAAGUAAUCCGCUAGCUAAUGUGACCUCGUGGUGAACUGUCGGGGAUUUGAGGAGAAUCUGCUUUAGUUUAAUUCAGUGACCAAACUCUUUCAUAGGAAACUAUUUCUGAAGAAUUCACGAUGAAUGAGUAUUCUGCGGACCCGUCCAACCCCCAUCUCUCCUGCUCCACUGAACCCAACCCUCCAGAGUCACUGGUUCCUGACUCUAACCAUAGAGACAUCGACAACUGCAGUGAAAUACCCAGAUUUAACAUUGUAGUCAAGGAGGAGGAAGACUGGGACAUGGAUAAUACUGCAGAGAGACCUGACCACUGCUCUGACAGUGAAGGAAGUCCCUCUACAUCAGGACUACCUGAACAACACCAGGGGAAUCACACAGCUAAGAAGAUUCACUUUUGUUCAGUGUGUGGAAAAAACUGUCACAAGUUAUCAAAACUACAAAUACAUAUGAGAACUCACACAGGAGAAAAACCUUACUCCUGCUCUGUCUGUGGGAAGCAAUUCAGUGAGAAAGGAAACCUGAAAAAACACCAGACAAUGCACACAGGAGAGAAGCUGUACAGUUGCUCCGUGUGCGGGGAAAGUUUCUCUUUAUCGUCAAAUCUUACCAAACACCAGAGAACACACACAGGAGAGAGUCCAGUGUCUGUAGCUGUAGAAGAGUGUGGUUUUACAUCAGCACUGGUUAUCAAAGAGGAGGAAGAGGAUCCUGCUUUUGCAGAGAGACCUAACCACUGCUCUGACAGUGAAGGGAGUCCCUCUACAUCAGGACUACCUGAACAACACCAGGGGAAUCACACAGCUAAGAAGAUUCACUUUUGUUCAGUGUGUGGAAAAAAUUGUCACAAGUUAUCAAAACUACAAAUACAUAUGAGAACUCACACAGGAGAAAAACCUUACUCCUGCUCUGUCUGUGGGAAGCAAUUCAGUGACAAAGGAAACCUGAAAAAACACCAGACGUUGCACACAGGAGAGAGUCAAGUGUCUGUAGCUGUAGAAGAGUGUGGUCUAACAUCAGCACUGGUUAUCAAAGUGAAAGAGGAGGAAGAGGAUCCUGCUUUUGCAGAGAGACAUGACCACUGCUCUGACAGUGAAGGAAGUCCCUCUACAUCAGCACUACCUGAACAACACCAGGGGAAUCACACAGCUAAGAAGAUUCACUUUUGUUCAGUGUGUGGAAAAAACUGUCACAAGUUAUCAAAGUUACAAAUACAUAUGAGAACUCACACAGGAGAAAAACCGUACUCCUGCUCUGUCUGUGGGAAGCAAUUCAGUGACAAAGGAAACCUGAAAAAACACCAGACAAUGCACACAGGAGAGAAGCUGUACAGUUGCUCCGUGUGCGGGGAAAGUUUCUCUUCAUCGUCAAAUCUUACCAAACACCAGAGAACGCACACAAGAGAGAGUCAUGGUCUUAUACCAGCACUGGUUAUCAAAGUGAAAGAGGAGGAGGAGGAUCCUGCUUUUGCAGAGAGACAUGACCACUGCACUGACAGUGAAGUGAGUCACUCUACAUCAGGAGAACCUAAAACAAAACAGGAGAAUCACACAGCAAAGAGCUCUCACUGCUGUUCAGUGUGCGGAAGAGAUUGCCAAAAGCUAUCAUCACUGCUAAUACAUAUGAGAAUACACACAGGAGAAAAACCAUACCCUUGCUCUGUGUGUGGAAAGCAGUUCCGCGUAAAAAGACAUCUUCAAGACCACCAGAAAGUGCACACUGGAGAGAAACCUUACGUCUGCUCCAAAUGUGACAAGAGGUUUGGUUUCGCCUCAGCCUUGAAAAGGCACCAGUGGUUACACGCAGAAGAGAAACCUUACUCCUGCUCUGUGUGUGGGAAGGGCUUCGGCCGUCCAGAUCAGUUAAAGGACCACUCUCUGCAACACGCAGGGAAACCCCACUGCUGUUCUGUGUGUGGGAAGUGUUUCAGCCGUCCAGAUCAGUUAAAGGACCACUCUCUGCAACAUGCAGGGAAACCCCACUACUGUUCUGUGUGUGGGAAGUGUUUCAGUGAGAAGGGGUAUCUUGAAGACCACCAGUUAGUGCACACUGGAGAGAAACGACACCCUUGCCCUGUCUGCAAGAAGAGUUUUGUAAGAUUAGCAGGCCUUAAAGUCCACCACAGAUAUCAUACAGGAGAGAAACCUUACAACUGCGCUAAAUGCGGCCAGAGCUUCAUUAGUUCUCAAAAACUUCAGAGACACCAGAAAACACAUGUUGGUUUACCACCUGUUGAGUUUCAAAACCCUGUUACAAUUGAAGGAGAGAGGGAGGGAGAAUAUGAGGAAGAGGAAGUUGGUGGUCUGAUUAAUUCAGAUGGAGAAGAGGUUGGUUGGGAUCUUCAUCGUCUCGACGGGAGUUCGGAGGGGAGAGCCUCUACAUCAGGAGAACCUAAAGAAACCUAGGGGAAUCUCAAAGCUCAGAGAUACAGUUGCUCUGUGUGUGGGAAAGACUGGCUACGGUUAUUUGAUCUGAAAAGACAAAAUGACAACGCACACAGGAGAGAAAUCGUACAGCUGUUUUGUUUGUGGGAAGAGUUUUAGACGAGCAGACCUCAUGAAGCUACACUUUUGGACACACAAAGGAGACGCAUGGAGAGAAACCUUACCCCUGUUCUGUCUGUGGGAAGGCUUUAGCAAGAUCAGACCUUUAAAAUGCACAAUACAGUUCAUACAGAAGAGAAACCUUACAGCUGUGCUGAAUGUAGCCAGAGCUUUUUGCCAUAGUUUGUACAUCUGCGUUGUUAUAUUGCUUAUAUAGGUCUAUCUCAUUAGUAUCUUAUUAAUAAUUUUAGGUAAUAUAAGAAUGAUGCAUUUAAUUGUUUUUCCUUACUUUGUGUGUAAUAAUUAUCUCUGGUGAUUUUCUCCAUGGGGGGGUUGAGAUAGAGACCCAACAACAUAUUAUAUUAUAGUAUCCCUUCCUCGUAACCAUGUUUGCCAGUGACAGUCUCUUCCCGUUCAAAUAUUUUUGUUAAUCAAAAAGUUCAGUAAUAUACCCAUGUAAUUCCAGCUCAUAUUGCAGGGUUGUUUUCCCUUUUCAGUGCGUCUGUCCGUCUAUAAAAGUGAAUCCUUGUGAUUGUAUUGUCCUUCCUUUUUAGACCGCGUAGGCCUAAUAAAAUACUUCAAAUA